GAACGAUCGAAUCAUCCAUUUUGAAAACGUUUACGGCCAUUGUACAAAAUAGAAACAACGUCGUUUGCUUGAAGGUCACACAACAAGGUUGAUAAUGGCAAGUAAUAGCGAUCACAAAGAUACGGUAGUAUGGGUUACAUAUUCCAAGAAUUGUAAAGAAUCUGAUAUUAAACGCCACUUAACUUCUAAGUUUCCGACGAAACACCGAUUUAUACGUAAAGGAGACAACAACGCUGUGAUACUUUUUGGAAACCCUACUGAUGCGGAUGAAUACAUAAAAGGAGAAAAGAUAUCACCACACAAAAUCAAAUGUGACACGGCUAUUGGGGAAACCAAGGCUAUUUUUACGAGUGUUGUAAUCGACCUCGUGAAAAAACACAACACUACCAUUUGUGACACUGGUGUAGAGCUACGAAAUCUGGGGAAAAAAGUGAAACAACCGGCAUUUGCAAAAGGCACUAUCAGACAACUACAGAAAGUGGAGGACAUUUUAAGGAAGAAACAGAAAGUAUCUCCAAAUGUGCCGGAAGUCGUGCCUGGAAGUGACAAUAAGGUUUUUGAACAUUUUAAAGCAACGGUUCAUCCCUGGGCAGCCCACUCACUUACCAGGGAUCAAACAGAUAUAAUAGAAAAGAAAGUUAAGGGAAAUGUUAACAUUGACUACGGUACCAAUGGAUACGUCAUUGAAACUACAAAGUUAGAAGCUCUUAUCGAAACAGAGAAAUUGCUGUAUUCGAAUUCAGUAGAUAAUGGAGUUACUUGUUCUAAUGAACAAGACCAACGUCGAAAGCCGACAAAGGGAGAUGCGGUCGAAAAGAAGAUAGGGGCCACUAGAAGAAAACAUGAAAACGGUUUCUCGUGUACUGAAGGUAGCAACACCGGCGCAUCCAAGAAAAGGACCGUUAAACCCGCAAGUGAUAUGACAGGCCUGAACAAACACUCUAAGCCUGGACUUCCAACGCACUCACACUCACCACCAAUAUAUACUAAAUCUACUUCGAUAAACAAGAAAACAGAUGUAAAGAAACGAGGAAAAUCUAAUAAUGCAACAAAAAAGGACGAGAUUGAUGUAAUGGUGUGCUUGGAAAAAAUGCACUUGAGUUAUAUCACCGAGGAAGGAUUACAAAUAUCAAUCUAUACAGGAGAUAUUACCGAACAAAAAAGUGAUAUUAUCGUCAACGCAUCCAAUACUAAGUUAAAACAUGUCGGUGGAGUAGCGCUAGCAAUAGCUAAAGCAGGAGGUCGAGCCAUUAAACAAGAAUGCGAUGCAUAUAUUCGAAAAUAUGGUGACUUGCAGACUGGUAAAUAUAUCAAAACGUCUGGUGGAAAUCUCCGGUGUAAGCAUGUGAUUCACGCUGUUGGUCCUAUUUGGAACGCUGAUGACAUGGGGGAUCAACGACAUUGCAUUGAUUUAUUGUACAACCUGCUAUUGGACAUAUUCAAAUACUCGUCAUUUCUUCGAGCCAAGUCUCUAGCGACUCCAGCCAUUAGUGGAGGUAUAUAUGGUAUGCCCCUUGAAACGUGUGCAAAGGUUUUCCAUCAAGCAGUGAAUGAGUAUUCAGCAAAGCACAGUGGAAAGGCUUCGUUGAAGGAAAUCACGAUACUGAACCUACACGACGACGCGACGGCCACAUUCAUCUUAGAAUUUGGCGGUGCAUUCACUGGGCAAUCUCCCACCAUGUCAAAACUAUCCUCCGAUGCCAGUAGUUCGAGUUUGUCACCGUCGAGGCCAUUACCCGCAAAACGACCGGUAUUCAGUGGGGAUGGAUGUGUACGUGAUCACGAGACAUACGAUGGCGCUAUGGAGACGACACCGCCAAUCAGUGGUUCACACGCGGCGUCCAAUGCAUCUCCGAAGGACAUCUCGCCAGCAAACUCUCUCACUGAGAUUGCCAUUGAUGCCAGAAAUAAAGGCGACUGUGAAAUUUGCGCUGAAAAUGACGUUUCUCUGAAAGCUAUGAACUGUUGUCAGAGUACUAUAUGCACGGAGUGUUUCGCACACCAUUUUGGAAAUCAUGGGAAGUGUCCAUUUUGUUCAUUGAUAGUGUUAUUGAAACGUGGGAACCAACCCAAAGGGUCCAUGAAAUCUGAAAUAGACGAUGAAUCCCAUCUUCCCGGAUAUGAUAGAAAGGGCACGAUUACAAUUGAAUAUUACUUUCCAGGCGGAAAACAAGGGAAAAACCACCCAAACCCAGGACAAAAUUAUUCUGGUACAAGUAGACGAGCUUAUCUACCAGCUGAUAGAGAUGGAAAAGAAAUUUUAGAACUACUGGAGAGGGCGUUUGAUAAUGGUUUGUUAUUUACUAUAGGGAAGUCAGUGACUACUGGGAUGGAUAACUGCGUUGUAUGGAAUGAUGUCCAUCAUAAAACAAGUAGAACAGGAGGAUCUGCCAGUCAUGGUUACCCAGACCCCACGUAUUUAUUCCGAGUUAGAGAGGAGCUGGCAGCAAAAGGGAUCAAGUAA